AAUCUUAUAGAUUUUGAAAUUGCUGUGUUUUAUCAGAUAACAAAUUAUUGGAGUGUAGAAAAUUUAUCUUAUCGCUUUAAUCAAUUUAAAUGUUUUAACAUCGAUUCUUAUAUUCCACUUAUGUAUAACUCUUUUAAUAGGAACACGUAUAAAACUCUAAAAAUUUAUAAAAAAUUUAUUAUCAAAGAUAUUAAAUAUCUAUGUUCAUUUUUUGCAUAUUUGCAUGACAUAUUGCAAAACAGGAUACCAAUCCCUACAACAUUUAGUGGAAUUAUUUGUAAACUUACUAAAUUAUUUAGUAAUCUUUUGUAUAUUAUAUUUAAAACAUUCAACAAAAAUAUUUUUUCAUUUCCAAAAAUUCAUUUGACUAAUACCCUUGUAACUUCUACUCACACAAAUAGUGAUAUUUUGUCAAAAAUACAGCAUAAACCAAAGUCAAGUUUUUUAAAACCUAUACACAUUGAUAGGCAAAGAACAAGUACACCAUUUCCUCAAACUAUUGACUCAAAUCUUGAGAGAUAUAUCAAUGAUGAAAAUCUAGAGGAACAGUCAUCGUCAGGUGUAUUUUCACUCACUGCCCUUACUUUUCAAUCCAUAAACCUGGCUCCAGGGCCCAAAGAAGCACCAGAAAUAUUUAAACCUCCACCUCCCAAAAAUUUCUCAUCCUUUCAGGAAACUUAUUCCCCAUCCUUUUCGUUAUCCAUUUUAUCACACAACACGUCAAUUGGGAAUGCCAAUUGCCUAGUCUUUGACCUCAGCUGUGGUGAUGACUUAUUUUGGAGCGACGCUGUUACAUUUGUCCUGGAUAAAAAUGUGAAUGCACCAGUGAUUAAAUCCCUUCAACCCUUUGACCCUGAAUCCAUGGGCACCCUUUUGGGGUUAUCUCCUGUUUUCUCUCAGAGCACAGCAUCACUAGCUAUGAUUCAUGCCGAAAAGAUCCCUCUCAUUACAACCAAUAAUGCCAAAGACUUUAUCUCAAAAUCACAUUUACGAGAGACCAACUUUACUCCUUCAAAUGUAAUCCACAAUAAUUUAAACUAUGGUAUUGAAAAAUCCUGUAAUAUGGGGAGCUUUCAACCUGUAAUGAUAACCAGCAAACCCUUUGAUGGCCCAAUCAAUUUACGAGAUGAGGCUUUUCUGACAAAAGAUUAUAUCCACUUACCAACACAUAACUUAUCAUACGAUAGCGUUACAGAUAAUAAAGAUGGCGUUGCAAAUAAUAAAGGUGGUGCUGUUAAACGCAAACUUACAUUUACCAAUAUGGCUAGCCCAAAAUUGAUGAAUAUCGAAACAGCACAUCCCCCUAAAAUAUUCACCGGAUUUAAAACAGCCCGUGGUUCUGAAGUGCUAGUCCGAGAAGCUUCUUUGCUCCACGCCACCUCGAGCCUUAACGACGACUGCGAUAAGACAAACCGAUCUUCAGCUUUUUAUCAUCUCGAUCAACCCUCCCCAAAAAUGAACAGUAUUAAAUCGGAAAUUAACUCAAUGCCCCUGCUCCCCCAAUCAGAUUCCCCUAAACCUAAAACGAAUGAAAAUGAAUUUGCCGACUUAGAUGUAGCCGAUUUCGAAGUACGAACUUCUCCUUUACCUGUCACUCACAACGCCUCCAUCAUCAAAUUGAACGGAACGAUUCCCACAGGUUUUCAAACAGCGUCAGGUUCCGAAGUCAGAAUAGAUGCAGAGUCACUGGCGCGAGCUCGUAUUGCGAUACUUGCCACAUCCGAAAAUACCCAGGAUAUGACCACUUCGGACCAAAACUUUAAAAGGGAACUCCAGAAUAUAUGUGCAAUAGCCACGCCAUUUGUACCUCCGAUUCUACCCUUUUUCAUUAAAGACGAAUUUAUGCCAUUCGAUGACGACCUCGUUGAUGAAGGAAGUCACGAUGCUAUAUAUCAUAAGGAUACCCCUAUCGAAUUUAAGGCGAUAGUUCCCUUCCCCCAGAACAAAGAGAAGAAUCUCACCGAACAACCCGUCAAACUGGCGCUUAAUAAUAGACCGGCUAAAUCCGAAUCCACCCUCAAUCAACACGCCUGCGGUUAUUUGUUUGCUAUCAAAAACGGCCCCGAUCGCAAACGAAUAUGUCUUCGGAGGUUGGAAAAGCUAGAAAAGCAUCAAGCCAAAAGGCAUAUGCGAAUCGACAGAAAAAAGUCGCAAUCCAAUGACGCGCCUAAUUCCUGCUCCUCCCAGCUUAAACCCUCCAUUCAUUCUAUAACGUUUGAUUCCGUCGACGAGUACCGAUUCGAUCUGAGGGAACAUCGCUACGAUCUUAAGUUUAUGCCGAAGGCUCAGAAUUUUACGGACGCUCAAUUAUUUUGGGUCACCAAAGAUGACGCUAAAAUACCGAUACCUGGUUCGUUCAAGGAUUCAAACAAAGACACCCAUACCGAUCGGAACUUUUUCUUGGACCGGGAAGAUAUUUAUAGAAUUUUUGUGGAAAUUCCCGGAGUUGAUGUCAAGCUUUUGCAGCCAUUUCCCCGUAAAUGGGUCUUCAAUCACUACAAAUGGAUCGUAACGAAACUGGCUUCUAUGGAGUUGAGAUUCCCUCUUACGCUUGGCGGACGGCUCCUAAGUCCCCACAAUACGUUGUCCCAAUUGAAAUACAGAUACGACAGAGAAAUCGAUCGUUGCCACAGGUCGUGCAUUAAAAAAAUUACCGAACACGACGACGUUCCCGGCAAAACAAUGAUCCUUUUUGUUUCGGCCAUCUUCGAGGAUGCCAACGAAGCGAAAUGCUUAGAAUUAUGCGAUGGGUGGUACCCCAUAAAAUGCCUGAUAGAUAAGCCCUUGAUGGAUCUCGUCAAGGAUAGCAAGAUUAAACUAGGAGAUAAGUUGUGCGUAUCUCAGGCAAGAUUUAUUAGCGGUUGCGAGCCGGACAUCCCAUUGGAGGCUUAUGAAAACACCAAGCUUUUCCUCUCUUACAACAGCGUUAGAAGGUGUCGUUGGUUCACUAAACUGGGAUACUUUCCCUCCCAAAGACCCAUACAAGUAUCCUUAACCUCACUAAACCCUUUCGGUGGAAAUGCGCCUCGCCUUAAACUCAUAGUACUCAAGAAAUAUCCCAUCAUAUACAUAGAAAAAACGAAGGAGGGUAUCAGCGCGUGUUAUAAUGAAAGAACUUUUGACAGGCGAUCAAACGUUGAGUAUGGCUCAAAUCCUUCUCACGAGGAUAUGGGAAAAAAUUCUUCCUCUAUUCACCCUGAGCUAGUCAAGAUUACUCGUGUGUUGAAAUUUAGAGUCACGGACAUCUCUUGCGUUGACAUUGGUACUAACCCUCACGUGACCCGCUCCUUCUUACUCGCCAUUUACGACUCUAGUAUAUUGGAAGCGUUGACGGCCGUGACCAUCAGAACUCUGACUGCUUUUAACCUGACUGUCCGAUCCUUACCAGUCCACGAAACUGCGAUGGUAGGUAAUUUUCAGCUCGCGGCGAACGCUAGUUCAGUUUUCGAAUGGGAUCGCAAAAGCACGGGCCAUUGCGAGGAGGAUGAAAUGAUAGUCGAUAUACUGUCCAACUCGGUUUACGAUCCCACAUCGACCAAAAUAAACGUUAAUCAAAAACUCGACAGAUAUCACCUAGAGAUUGACGUGAUAGGCAUGGUGGUUCACAUCAACCAAUCGGAUUUUUUAAUCAACGGUUCCCAUCUGACUUUUGUGUACUUGGUUUGUAGGGACAUGCAUUUUGUGUCGCUCAAAUUCCUCGACAAAUGGGCUUCAUUCAAAGACAUGGGUUUAUCCGAUAUGUUGCGCAUAGGCAACACCGUGGCUUGCUCCAAUCUUUACCUCAUGUACUCGUCUAGUCUAGUCUGUUCGUCCACUCAGAAGCGGCAAAAAUUGUGCAGUAGCGCGCAAUUCACUGAUUCCAUGAUUACCUUCACAAGCGUCAACAAUUUCUGCCAGUUCAACAAAUGCCCCAACGCAAAUCACAUGAAAUGUGAGAUGGGCAAAUUCGAAAAAUGGAUUCAGGAGAAUUUUUGGUGUGAAAGAAAAUUCCUGAAAUGUGCGACGGAAAUUUUAUCCGAAUAUUUAACAACCAGAAAAAUAUACAGCUCUCCAAAUAUGAAGAGCAAUAUGGCCGAUUUGAAAUUUUAUGAGCUUAAGCAUUUUUUACCUACCGACGUUUCGACUCCUUUCAACAAUUUGAACCACAAUAGUAAAAGAAAAUUCGGGGGUCCAGUAUCAACCUCUAAUAUAUCGAGAUUGCCCCGUACCGAUAGCAAUAACGAAAAAUCUAGCUUUUUUAGUUUUCAAGACGAUAUAGGGGAAGAUUUUUACAAAUCUAAUCGUAUUCUCCCCAAUUUUAACAAGAAACCUAAAUUGGCGGAUGUCGACACAUCCGGUGAAUUGCAAUCACAUCUGAAUCCCCUAAAAAAACUACCAGCAGAAAAUGUCGCGCAAAACAAAUCAUGCUUUAACAUUAACUCCUCUUCCUUUAACACCGCCUUUAAACCACCUCGUAGGGUCAAACAUUAGUGACCGAUUGAAAACGCGUUCCACACCGUGUUUUUAUUCACGAAUCUCAUGAUAUUCGCUUUUAUAUUAAUAUGUGAUAUCGUCCGUCAGUCGCCACCAUACAAAAUGACCUCGAUAAUUUUAAUAAGGCAUUUCAUUUAUUAUUUUGUGACUGUUUUUUACAAUUUUACUACAACCUCCCUUCCAUUCUCUUUUAUUAUUAUUGUAGAACAAUCAAAACACAUUUUAUAUUAAACCUUAAAAUUAAGUUAUUUAAGAAAAUAUUCACAUAUAUUACUAUAUAUAUUUGUUAAAUUAACCAUUGCAAUUCAUUUG